GUCGCUAGGGGUGACGUCACAGCCGAGCUGAGCGCGAGACCCGCCUUAGAAACAAGCAAAAAAUUAUUAUUAUUCCUCGUUGUUCUUGUUUUUAUUAUUAUUUUUAUUCUAUUAGUUUUUUCCCGAGAACGGUUCUAGAUUUGUUUUGUCCCAGACCCAAAUGCCAGGUCCCACUCAAGCACUGUCCCCGAACGGAGAGAAUAAUAACGACAUCAUUCAGGACAAUGGAACCAACAUCAUCCCUUACAGAAAGAACACAGUGCGGGGAGAGCGCGCGUACAGCUGGGGCAUGGCGGUCAACGUGUAUUCUACCUCAAUCACCCAGGAGACUAUGAGCAGGCAUGACAUCACGGCCUGGGUCAAUGAUCUGCUCAGUCUGAACUACACGAAGGUGGAGCAGCUCUCUUCAGGCGCUGCUUACUGCCAGUUCAUGGACAUGCUGUUCCCUGGCUGCAUCAGUCUUAAGAAGGUCAAGUUCCAGGCCAAGCUCGAGCACGAGUACAUCCACAACUUUAAACUGCUUCAAGCCUCCUUCAAGAGGAUGAACGUGGACAAGAUAAUUCCAGUGGAGAAGCUCGUCAAGGGUCGGUUUCAGGACAACCUGGAUUUCAUCCAGUGGUUCAAGAAGUUCUUCGACGCCAAUUACGACGGUAAGGAUUACGACCCGCUGGAGGCGCGACAGGGCCAGGACGCCAUUCCUCCACCAGACCCCGGGGAGCAGAUCUUCAACCUGCCUAAAAAGGCACCCCAUGCAGCCAGCUCUCCUACAGCAGGGGCUACUAGAUCGGCGAGUUCGACCCCCAAAUCGGCCACGUCGACCUCGCGACCCUCUUCUGCCAAAAAGGGCCCCGUAACGACAGCGGCGACCCCGGCCAAGGGCGAGAAGGAGCUGGAGGCUCAAGUAGCGCAGCUUAAUGAACAGAUGAACACAUUAAAGCUGGCGCUGGAGGGAGCGGAGAAGGAGCGUGACUACUAUUUCGGGAAGCUGCGGGAGGUGGAGCUGCUGUGCCAGGAGCAGGGCCAGGAUAACGGACCCUUCGUGGAAAGAAUUAUGGAAGUGCUGUACUCCACAGACGAUCAGGAGGCUGGAGGAGAAGGAGAACACGAGGCUCUGGCACAGGAAGCGGAAGUCCCUGAUGACACACAGGAUGAAUAUUGAAUGUCGUCCAUACACGCGCGCGCACACACACACACACACGCGCUCCUUUGCCGGUUGUGAAUUUUGCUCUUUGUUUUCUGUUAAGAUGGCACAAGAGGAAAAAUCCAGAAGCCACUUUAAAGAUCUUUUUUUUUGGUGGGUAUUUUGUGAAAUGAAAAAUGAAAUCUCGUUUCUGUACAAGCCUCCAUGUAAAAAAGAAAAAAAAAAAAAACACCACCACCACAUACACCGAUAUAAUUUUACCACAGAUCUAAGCAAAGUUGUUUCCUGAUCUCUGCAGCGCGGUCGUUUGAUUUUUAGUUUUUAAAAUUAUGAAGGUUGUACUUUCAGGCGUUUCUUUUUUUUAAUCCGUCACAUCAGGACUUCAGGAGCGAUGUGCGCGUGGCUCUGUUUGGUCACGAUAAGUCUUUUGGGAGAUGUACUGGUUUUUUUUUUGGUUUUUUUUGACGCUCCAAAAAAAAAGAAAAAAAAAUUUUAAACGGCAAAAGUGCAAGUUGUGCAACGAAUCCGCUUGAUUUCGACAAUGCUAAUCUAUUCACGCUGUGCUAGAAACGCUUCACGCGCCACGCCUGCCGCUAAUGCUAAGCUAACUCCGGACUCAUUAAAAUGUAAUUAUUAACGCGUUAAUAGAUCUCUUAAAAAGUCCUCAUGCUAGCAGUUCAACUGUAAGACAUCGCUACAUUGAAGCCGAGUCAGCGGCAGCCGGUUGCGCCAGUAGAGCGUUUAGCGGAAACGUUUACUAUGUUUAAGUUCACACACUACUAAAAUAUUUUUAAUAUUUUUACGGUUGCACCAAGUAGCAUGAUUUUAACAUAGUCUUAAGUUAUAAAGUAGAAACAAACAGUAAAAAUGUAGGUUUAUUUAAUUAUGUUUUAUUAGCAUUUACUUAUUUGAUCAUAAAGUAUUUUACCUCGUCGAUUGUAAUGACGCAGAGAAACCGAUGUGUGCUUUAGCAAAAAGAACAGAGCAUUUGAUUUAAACGUUUGAACUUAGCUUGCGAUUUUCUUAAUUAUGAUCAAGAAUGAAUUUUUUAUUUUUUUUUACGAUGAAUUAAAGAAGCAAAAGAUAAAAUCCAGACCAUUAGCGCAAUUAAUCCUUGGAACAAUCUGUCCCCUAGUGGUUCGACAUUUUUUCAGUUCUCCGUCCACAGUUUUAGUUCCUACCUGCGGUUAGAAAAACACGUAUAACGGUUUUGUUAUUCAGUGUGAUUAUAGAUGUUGGAAGGAAAAUAUUAAGCUUAGAGCGACGUAGCAGAGAGAGGGUUGUUGCAUCGAGGGUGAGUGUACAUGGCUAAGAGAGUUUAGCUAGCUUUGCUAAUCGAAGCCGAUCACACAGUCGAAAACAGCGAGCUACUUUUGCUACUAGUGUUAAUUCAAAUAAUUCAAAUAUUUGAGAAGAAAAAAAAAACUGAAAAAAAAUGGUAGAUAGGCCACGCCCACAAGGGACAAAUUACAAAUGAUACUAAGAAUUUUUCGCCACCUAGUGUCCAACUGGUGCAACCGGCUGCAGGAAUAAAAUCUGCAAUAAAUCAAAUAUUUACAAUCUUUUUUUUUUUUUUUUCAUCAAUCGGAACGGUUUUCUACAACACGAGCAGCUUUGUGUCUGUCUGUUCUUGCUUUAGUUAUUGGAUAGACCAUUUCAGUGUAUUUGUUUUACAGUAUCCUCGCGACACUUUAUUUUGUUAUUGUCUUUAGAAGCCUGCCACGUUCUGAGAGAAAAAAAAAUACAACAUUUAACGAAUAAGACGUGUAUAUUGAAGAUAUUUUAAUAUAAUUUUAAAAGUCCAAGUUUUAGCAGAAGGACGUAACGGUCAGAAACGCAGUGUUCCAAGUGCAUCGUAUACUGUCUCACGUGAAGAUGUUGCAUUCAGUUCCACUACAGAACUCCACGGCUCUUUUAUUAUCGUGUACAAUGAAGAGGAAUGUAAUGUACUGUUAAUACCUAUAAAUAGAACAUGUUCUUUUGUUUUAUUGUUUGUUUAUUAUCUCUAUUAUCUGUAUCCGUCAUUAUGCAUUCCCCGAAAGUUGCAUGUUUUCAUUUUAUUUGUGAAUAACUUGACCUGCUUUUUACAUAUUUAAUAUAAAACAACAAAAAAAAAGUUACGUGUUUUUUUUUUUGUUUGUUUGUUUGUUUUUGUAUGUUUAACCUGCUACUUUAAAUCUCACAAGAGGUAUCAAUUUGCCGUAAUAAAAACCCGUCACUUUGAAAAGGAAAAGUUUGAGUGUUAUUUAUUUAUUUGUUUGUUUAUUUAUUCAUUUUUAGAAUAAUGUAGCAAGAGAGAGUGUGGAAUUUUUUUGCUUUCUUGUUUUUGGUGGCAAAUCUAUGAAUUUAUUUUACAUUUAUAUACAGUAUAGUCAAGUUAAAGUAAUGUCUAACGAUAAUCAUGUACAUCUGUAACUUUUGGUGACUUAUUAUUGCAACUUUUUGUAAAUCUAUUUGAAAAAAUAUUUGAUUCUACUGACGAAAUUUUUCCGCAGUAAAUCAUAUGUACGUUAAACACGUCAACGCUUCAUUUUUAAGCAUGUAACUAAACAUUUAAGCAAUUUAGUUAGCACUUUUAGUUAAAUUAUGAUUAUAUAACUGCAUUUAUAGUUAUUGUUUUUUUAUUAUUGAAUAUUUGAUAUUCCCAUACAAUAUUGUGAUAAAUCAUAUCGUCAAAUAAGUACUUUUUUCCUCU